GGCGAGUUGUACCGUUAGCCACAUUGCGAACAAAGUUACAAUUUAUUCAAAUCAGUUAAAAUAAUUGUACAACCAUUUUGCCCGGAAACACUUUCACUAAUUGUGGACCAUGCGGUGGUAAGAGGGGGCUACAACCCGGUGGGAUACGUGGAAGCAGGCGUGCUUUUACUCUUGUAUUGGAUUUGACUGAGUUGAAUUGAACUCAACGCAAGGAGAAAAGAAAGCGAGCUGGCUAAUGUGCUAGCGGCUACUUAGCUAGCAGCGGCUAUCCAGCCAACUCGCGUGUUAUUCACUUCCUUGUUGCACAUUGGAGUGGGAUGGAAGGCGAGAAGAAGUUUGUGAGGAGGAGACUGAGUUUUUUUUUUCUUAAACUUUAACACUACCUGGUAAAUGGAUAUACAUGCUUGCACGAUCUGCAACAUUACAGAAGAGCUGGAUUUUAAAGGAAGAGAUGCGUUGGCCUGUGCUUUGACCAUGAAAUGGAAUGCCACUGUCUAGUUGGACACAGUUAGCUGUUGGAGGCUAGCUGGCUAAACCGACUGCCAUUAGCUAGCACAUCUUGGAGAUUUACGUCCUGGAAUACAAUGGUUGAGUACCGACUGACUCUAUAACUAAACACCAUAUUGUGGAUUGUAUGUGACGGGAUCUACAGGCACCAAGUGUAAUGGAUUAACUACCGUCAGGGGUAACUCACUUUUUAUUGAACCUCAAACGAGCUAGCUUUGUAAUGCUAAUGUUAAGCUUGUGAUUUAGCUAACGUUAGCUAGCUGGCUGGCUGUCUUAAUUGUGAAUUGACUGUAACGUUAGCCAACUAGUCUGUGACACAGCUAGCCCAAUGUUUUGUUCCACGACUCAGCAAGAAACAUAGGAAAAGUAUAUAAUAUAAAGAUAGUUCUCAUCUUAGGCAAAGGGCUUUAUUGAAGGUAAAUGCCUAAUUCAGAGGUGCUUCGGGAGGGUCGGGGACGGAGCCCCUCUGCUCAGAGAAAUGCUAACCGACAGGACAGGCGUAGCAAGCCGGGGAGCGGUGCUGCUCAGCGAGACAGACACCGAGAGAAGAGGCGGUCAUCGGCUUCUAGGAAAAAGAAACGCAGAUCGGCCAAGGGAAGAGACUUGUUGCAUGCCGGUACAACAGGAGACCCUUGUAAUAAUCGAAAGGGCACUUUUGAUAAAGACGCUGAACUUCGGACAUUGGUUGAGUAUGACGACGUUAGUUCUCAGUCAGAGCGUUUCUCUGGGAGCCCCUCUCCCAAACGUGACCCCCGUGCUGACAGGCUCUCAGUUGACCGACUCAGCGAUGUUGACUUUGAGUUUAAUGGACCAGCAACCCCAGACCGAAGUCACCCUAGAGGCCGGCAGGCAGUGGUCAUAAGCAAGGACGAACCAACAAGGGGACCAUCAGAGAGGGGCAAGCAAGAGAAGGAGGCAGGCAGGAAAAAGGACCGCCAGAGCCGCGAGAGAGACUCCUCGAAAGCUAAAAGUGCUACUAGCCUCAGUGGCUCUAAAAAUCACAGAGACACCACAAGGAGCAGUGACAGAAAUGGCAAGAGAACAUCUACAUCUCAGUCCUCACAAUCUGCAGAUAAAAGGGAUUCAAAAGGGCACAGAAGUAAAACAAGAUCUGAUAAAGAGCCCCCAUCUGCAUAUCGAGAGGCUCCACAAUCCUACAGAGAUGAUCGUGAAGACCUCAGGGCAUACAGGAGAAGUCCUGGUUUAAAAACAGAAAGUCCCUAUGGGACAACCUUUCCAUAUAGCUACCAGUCUCCUGGUGGUUAUAACCAGCUAACAUCUAAAAAAAGUCCAACUUAUGGGGGCAAAAGACCGUCUCCCAGUUCAACGUAUUAUAGCCGGGAUGCAGACGGGUAUGGUGCAUAUGGUAUGCCAAAGUCACCCAGCUCAUACUCCAGCAACAAAAGGAAGCGAUCCCCAACGAGCCCGGCGAACUGGCGUAGAUCCCCGAGUUAUGGCCGACACAGUCCGUAUGAGCAAGGAGAGUUUGGUUCAAGUCCUUAUGGAAACCGCAGGAGAUCUCGAAGUCCAUACAGGAAGUCCCUGAGCCCAAGUCCAGAUGUCAGGCGAUCUGCUCGAUCACGUAGCAGAAGUCCAUAUUCAUCGAACAGGCCUUCACGUUCUCGCAGCCGCCACCGCCACUCUCGCUCCCGCAGUCGCCCAUCCAGCCUCUCACCGAGCACGCUCACCUUUAAAACUAGUCUUGCUGCUGAGCUCAGUAAGCAGAAAAAGGUUAAAGCAGCAGAAGCAGCCGCCAAGGCCAAGAACUCCAGCAACACCUCCACUCCAACCAAGGGUUCCUUAUCAGCUCAUCAACCCAGCCCUAAGAUAAAUCACACAUCCAGAAAGGGCCGCCCUCCCUCUCCACCACCACCGCCGGAGAAAGGUCCCAGAACUCCCCCAUUGAGCAUGCCCCAGUCCCCCUCUGACAGGUCAGCCAAGAGACCCACCGAGCCCCAGCCCAUCAGAGAUGGAAAGGGGAAAGAUGACUCUGUACACCGGGACAAAAGGAAAGCACCAGCAUCUGCACAGAGCAAAGACAAGGAGCGGGCCGCUGCUUCCCUGCUCUCCACUCUGUCCUCGCUGUCCUUGCCCCAAACAGUUCUAGAUCACAUGGCUAAAGGAGAAAGCUUGAAAGACAGCUUGAUCUCAGGGAAGAAAAAGUCAGAGAGGAAGGCCCGUCAGCUGCUAACCGACUUGCCCCUCCCUCCCGAACUUCACGGGGGCACGUCUUCCCCGCACAGCCCAGCCGACGACAAAAAGUCCCAGGCAUCUCGCCGAAGACCUAAAAUCUGUGGCCCGAGAUACGGUGAGAUUAAGGAGACUGAGAUAGAUUGGGGCAAACGCUGCGUGGACAAGUUUGAGAUCAUUGGAAUCACCGGGGAAGGCACCUACGGUCAGGUGUACAAGGCUAAGGACAAAGACACCGCUGAGAUGGUGGCUCUGAAGAAAGUCCGGCUGGACAACGAGAAGGAGGGCUUCCCAAUCACAGCCAUCAGAGAGAUCAAGAUUUUGCGGCAACUCAACCACAAGAGCAUCAUAAACAUGAAGGAGAUCGUCACGGACAAGGAAGACGCCUUAGAUUUCAAGAAUGAUAAAGGUGCUUUCUAUCUUGUGUUUGAGUACAUGGACCAUGACCUGAUGGGUUUGCUGGAGUCCGGCCUGGUUCAUUUCAACGAGAGCCACAUCAAGUCUUUCAUGCGACAGCUGCUGGAGGGCCUCGACUACUGCCACAAGAAGAACUUUCUGCACAGAGAUAUCAAAUGCUCCAAUAUCCUGCUCAAUAACAAAGGUCAAAUCAAACUCGCCGACUUUGGUCUUGCUCGACUGUACAACUCUGAAGAGAGUCGUCCAUACACCAAUAAAGUGAUUACACUAUGGUACCGUCCCCCAGAGCUUCUUCUGGGAGAAGAGAGGUACACGCCGGCUAUUGAUGUCUGGAGCUGCGGAUGCAUCCUUGGGGAACUUUUCACAAAGAAACCAAUUUUCCAGGCUAAUCAGGAGCUCGCCCAGUUAGAGCUCAUCAGCCGGAUAUGUGGCAGUCCCUGUCCUGCUGUGUGGCCAGAUGUGAUAAAGCUCCCCUUCUUCAACACCAUGAAACCAAAGAAGCAGUACAGGAGACGGUUACGAGAGGAGUAUGCUUUCAUCCCUCCCUCUGCCCUGGACCUGUUUGACCACAUGUUAAAUCUGGACCCCAGCAAACGCUGCACAGCUGAGCAAGCGCUGGGCAGCGAGUUCCUGAAGGACGUGGACCCAGACAAGAUGCCCCCGCCAGAUCUUCCGCUGUGGCAGGACUGUCACGAGCUGUGGAGUAAGAAGCGCCGGCGCCAGAAGCAGGCGCCGGAGGAAGCGUCCGUCCCGAAGGCGCCCCGUAAGGAGCUGGGCCUGGAUGACAGCCGCAGCAACACUCCGCAGGGCUUCCCCGCUCCUGGAGGCACUAAAGCUCCAAAUGCAGCGGCCUCUGCACUGCUAGACCCAAAGGGCCCGACCUCUCAGCUAACCCAGGAGCAGCUGGCGGUCCUCCUGAACUUCCUGGGCCAGUCCAAGAGUUCAAUGAACACUGCGCAGUUUGUGCAGUCCAUGGGCUCAAAGGUCAACCAGGAAACGUUACAGCAGCUCUCCAAAGUCCUCGCUCCCACUGACCCCGCCGAGCCGCCGCCGCCUCAACCUACGCCUGCGAAGCCCCCCCAGCCCACAGCUCCUGCAGGCGUGCCCCGAACGCCUCCUAUGCCCAAACCUCCUUCACCCCCCAUGUCUGCGCCGACCGGGAUUCCAGAAGGAGAGGCGGCAGCUGCCACGCAGACGGCCAUGACGAUGCUGCUGGCUCAGCUGCUCCAGGCUCAGCAGAGGCAGGAGGUGAGUGAUGGAGGAGAAGGGGCAGAGAGCACUAACCUAGCAGGAGCAGCACCAGGGGGUCAGCCUCCUCCUCCAGAGGUCAAACAGCCCCCAGAGCCCAGCCCAGUCUCUCCAGUGUCUGAAGUAGGUGGUGUCUCCAUCCUGCCCCCAGACCAGAGGCCCCCGGAGCCUCCAGAGCCUCCUCCCCACGCUGACCUGGACUACCGGCAGCCUCCGCCUGAACCCAAGACCGGCCACGCUCCACCCAUCGCGUCUGCAGGUGGAAGUGAUGGAGGGAGACCCCCGGAGCCAGACUACCCACCACUCCCUACCGCAGAGGGGCCCGGAUACGGUGGAGACUACCACCACCCACCUCCUCCUCCCUUCACCCCUGCAGGCUUCGGGGACGGUUACAUGGGCCACAUGUUGGGCGGAGGCCUGCCGCCCCACGCUCUGAGGGAAGUGUUCAGCGGACCUGCGGCCAGCUCCUCAUCGGCCCCCUCCCACCCGGACCCCUUCCCUCCACCCACGGGACCCAGCAGGAUGGUGUUCAGCGGGGACAAGGACCAUCGCUUUAAGUACAAUCACAGCCCCUUACCUGUGGAGGGGCAGCCCAACCCCAGCUCCAUCCACAUGUACAACCACGCCAUGGCUAGAAAGGACGGUGGAGCUCCUCCCCCACCCAUCCCAGCUCCAGGACAGCCCUGGGGCUCCCCUUCCCAGGUGGGGGGCCCGCCACUACCCCUUGGCUUCGGCCCGCACGUGAACUCGACGGCAACAAUCAGAGGACGAGGCCUGCCGUUCUGAGAGACAAAAGGCUACAGGACUCAGUUUGAGCGGGAAGCCUCUCAGGCAGAGCUGGGUGGGGGGCUGAAUCUGGAGAUGCACAGUCAGUUUGUAAUGACUUCAGUCUGUGUGAGGUGUUCCUCCUCCGUUUGGAAUGUGGAGUACGUUGCAGGAGCUUUUCUCGCUCAUACCAUUUUUCCAAUUUUUUUGUAAUCUAUUCUGCUGUCUUUUAAAUUAAACUUUUACCCUUUUUUUUUUUGAGUGUACAUUUUUUCAGGCCGGGUCCAUUUUUAAACCUCAGCCUUUCUGUAAUUGCUCCAGGGGCAGACUAGUAUUAAUGUUUUGCACUACUGACUAAAGUAGGCGGAAACUAUUUUAGCUACUAAAAGGAAAUGAAUGGUGUGCUUUAUCUGCACAAUUAGGAGUAUGACCAGUAGUGUCCUCUUUUUACGACAGCCAUGAUUAUGUUGGAACAAGGAUGGCUCAGCUGAUAGGGUUCAGCGCAGGGAGCUGUUGGAGGACUGAGUGCCACACACACACUGCGAGGACUUGGAUCUGAUCUGGAGAAAGGCUCUUUUCACUUUAAAUUCCACAUGCCUUUUUGCCAAUAGAUGUUGUAAAACCAUGAGCAAAACAAAAAAAAAAAAAAAAAGUGACCCAAGUCCCAAACAAUGUUCUCUUCUUUUUGUACUAAAUGAACUUGUCCCCCCUCUCCCUCCAUCCCUCCUCCUUUGGCAAAUGUUUAUUAAAAAAAUGCCAACAAUGAA